AAUAUAUUAUUGUUGUGUACUGCUUUUAGAUUUAUAUUGACAAUCAAUAGAUCAAACAUUAAAAAUGAUUAUAUGUUAGCCUGCAAGAAGGAUUGGCAACCAGGUUAGCCUGAAAGAAACAAUGUUUGCUCCCAGCCUGGAUUACACUGAACGAAAUUUGAUUGUGACCUUGUAUCCAAGAUGGCGGGCAGUGGUGGAAAUGAAUUUCGACAAGAAAUGCCCCGUUCUGGGGGCUACCAAGACAUACAUUGGGCACAUAGGUCCCGCCCACGCCGCUUUGGACGUUAUUCUGGUGUUGUCUACUUUGGGAGUUUUCUUGGCUUAACUGGAGUAGCUAUGUGGGGUUUUACAGGAGUCUUUCAAAAGAGAAGGGACUUUGAGGUCGAGAUGCAAGAUGGCCGUAUUGCUGUGGCUCCCCUCCUUCUGGCUGAGCAGCAAAGGAUGUUCCUUAAACAGCUCCGUAGCAACCGUGAUGAAGAAGAAGAACUGAUGAAAGAUGUUGCCAACUGGAAAGUUGGUCACCUUUACAAUGAGCCUGUUUACCACAAUCUGAGUAACGUCUGGAUCAAACCAGCUAUUGAGGAAUUUUAUGCACAUAACAAACGUCAAGACAUGUUGAACAGAGCAUAUGAAAAGAACAGAUUGCAUUGAUGACAUAUUGUUUAGGUUUUAUAUGAAUUGUAUAGACAGCUUAGGUGUGACAAUGACUUCGAAAGGCAUACAUAUUUGUGUAUACUAUAUCUAGUACUGUAUCUGUGAUUAUUUGGAUGGUACGUUCAUUGGCAAUCUAGUUAUUUUAACAAACUGGGGAAAGUUUUACAAUAUUCUCAGAAAUGAUUUUGUGGAUUAUCUUAUUUUUUCACCAAAAUUUGGCUGAUAUUAAAUAAAUUGAUGAUUUUAAACAAAUAUGCCAAAUUAAUCAUGGGUACAGUAUUAGAAUCAAUCUUGCAGCCUGAUGUAUCUUAUUUGCCAAUUGCUGACAUUAGCAAAAUUAAAAGACUCAAGCCUUGGCUGACCUCUGAUCGGAUAGCAUAUAAACAUCUUUGGGACGAUUUUAUGUCUUAUCAAUCAAAAUCAACAGAUGAAUAAAGAUGUCAAAUUGUAACCUUGGUUUACCUAUAAGGUUGAAACACAAUAAAUUAUUUACAGUAAUGUUAUA